UGAAAAUGACACCAUCUGGUACCUUUAUGCAGAUACGCGACCUUUACUUACAGAAGAGACAAAUAGGCCAACGCCUUAAACGUGAAGUGUUUAACUUUGCGUGUGAACUUGCACAGUGCCGCGCCGGAGAAACCUUCAUAGUUAUUGUCGAUGGCAUUGAGUGGGUUGCUACAGUUCCAAGGCGCAGCAAGCCAGACGAUCUCGUAUCAAUGAGAUUCUCGGCUGGCAAUCAGGUGGAGAGGACGCUAGUCGGAAUGCUUGGUAGUGGCGCCAAGGAGGAGAGCCUUAAGAGGUACAUCCGUGAAGGAUUGGCGAUGAAGACAAACGAGUACAAAGAGCGGAUCAGGGGCAUGAGCCAUGAUGCCGCUCUGGUGUUUGUCCGGGACCACAUAAGACACACCACACCAGCCCAAGGACAGAUUGGUCGCGAGGACAACAUGAUGUACCAUUGGCCCAUGCGGCCAUGGACUCGGCUGUAUGAUGAGGCAGCCAGCGCGGCUGACAGGACCAUGACAACGGGGAAUGAAGAAGCUUUGAAGGCUGGUGAGGAGGUGGUGACCUCCGGGGGAGCUGAGGGAGGUGAUGCUGCCAUGGUGGACCCGGUGAAGCACGGCGGCACUGGUGAUGCUGGCGAGUAUGGGGUGUCCGAGGAUGGCACAGAGGUCUCUGGUGCUGGCCAGAGCAAUGGGCUGGCCCCUUCAGAAGCAGGCGAACAGUCAGAGGAGCUGGUUCAUCUAGGCUUUGAUGUGUGCAACGAGACCAGGAAGCGAAAGCGGGCCCCAAACAUGACCCGGCUGGUGGCGGACGAUGAGGAGCAGCAACGGGAGAUAGACAGGGGACGCAAUGAUACAGAUGAUGCCGCUCCACGGUUUCCGUGCACGGUAAGACAGCAGGAGGAGGACGCCCGUGGCGGACGAGCUGCCAUGCCCAGCCCACGGUUUCCGUGCACGGUAAGACAGCAGGAGGAGGACGCCCGUGGCGGACGAGCUGCCAUGCCCAGCCCACGGUUUCCGUGCACGGUAAGACAGCAGGAGGGGGGCGCCUCUGCUACUGUGAGCUGCCACGGCCGGCGCCUGAGGACGCCCGUGGCGGUGGAGAGGACGCUAGUCGGAAUGCUUGGUAGUGGCGCCAAGGAGGAGAGCCUUAAGAGGUACAUCCGUGAAGGAUUGGCGAUGAAGACAAACGAGUACAAAGAGCGGAUCAGGGGCAUGUGCCAUGAUGCCGCUCUGGCGUUUGUCCUGGACCACAUAAGACACACCACACCAGCCCAAGGACAGAUUGGUCGCGAGGACAACAUGAUGUACCAUUGGCCCAUGCGGCCAUGGACUCGGCUGUAUGAUGAGGCAGCCAGCGCGGCUGACAGGACCAUGACAACGGGGAAUGAAGAAGCUUUGAAGGCUGGUGAGGAGGUGGUGACCUCCGGGGGAGCUGAGGGAGGUGAUGCUGCCAUGGUGGACCCGGUGAAGCACGGCGGCACUGGUGAUGCUGGCGAGUAUGGGGUGUCCGAGGAUGGCACAGAGGUCUCUGGUGCUGGCCAGAGCAAUGGGCUGGCCCCUUCAGAAGCAGGCGAACAGUCAGAGGAGCUGGUUCAUCUAGGCUCUCAUGAGGAGGACGCCCGUGGCGGACGAGCUGCCAUGCCCAGCCCACGGUUUCCGUGCACGGUAAGACAGCAGGAGGAGGACGCCCGUGGCGGACGAGCUGCCAUGCCCAGCCCACGGUUUCCGUGCGCGGUAAGACAGCAGGAGGAGGACGCCCGUGGCGGUGAGGCGGCUGCUGUGCCAUCCCCGUCGACUGCCGGACGAGCUGCCAUGCCCAGCCCACGGUUUCCGUGCGCGGUAAGACAGCAGGAGGGGGGCGCCUCUGCUACUGUGCAGCUGCCACCGCCGGCGCCUGAGGAUGCCCGUGGCGGUGAGGCGGCUGCUCAAGCAGCAGACGAGAGGAGGAGACUGCUGCCCAAUGAUGAAGCACACCUUGAGCGAGAGAUCCGCCGCAUGGCUGGUGCGGUGGUGUCCUAUCGGGAGUCUCGCCAUCGGCGAAGGCCCACCAGGAACCGGGCCAUCCAGUCAUCAUCAGACUCGGACGUGGAAUCUGAGCCGGAACCAGAGGACAGCCAUGUACUCGAAACAGACCUUUUCACGCACACGAUAGACAUGGUCCCGGUGAUGCUUGACAAGGAGGGGUUUGCGGUAGUAGACGAUCCCCACCUCGCCUCUCUGAUCACUCCUGAUGUUCCCACAAGCGCCACUGAGCUCGUGUCAGGCGAUAAGGCAGCAGCAAUAUUUCAGCGUGGGGACCUUCCCUCGCGGCAGGGAGGGCUACCACGGCUUACCCACGAGGGCAGGCUCCGACUCAGCAAUGGAACCGGGAGGCGUAUGAUGGUCAAGCUGGACAAGCCCCCAUUCGUCGGCAGACGCUGCACGUGGACAUGCAGCCUGGCAGAGGGAUGUCGUUUGUUGCAAUCGUGCCAUUGGAGCAGGACAUCGAGCUGUGGGCGUUUGCUGCUCGGGCAGAGCCUGCUGCUGCAGCUGCUGCUGCAGCAGCAGAUGAUGCCGAAGCAGGUGAUGCAAGCAGAGCCGACAGAAGCAGUGCGGCAGCCCCCAUUCGUCGGCAGACGCUGCACGUGGACAUGCAGCCUGGCAGAGGGAUGUCGUUUGUUGCAAUCGUGCCAUUGGAGCAGGACAUCGAGCUGUGGGCGUUUGCUGCUCGGGCAGAGCCUGCUGCUGCAGCUGCUGCUGCAGCAGCAGAUGAUGCCGAAGCAGGUGAUGCAAGCAGAGCCGACAGAAGCAGUGCGGCAGCUGGCCCAUGAAUGGGUUGAGACGUGCUCGUGUUCUGUCUAG